AGGAACCGGACUCCGACGCUUAGGUUUGAGAGCUUGUGCAAGUGCAAGAAACAGGCGGACAACGAGUGUUCGGUUUGCCUGUCGAAAUUCGAAGGGGAUUCAGAGAUCAACAAGCUAAAGUGUGGCCACUUGUUUCACAAAACUUGCUUGGAGAAAUGGAUAGACUAUUGGAACAUCACUUGCCCACUGUGUAGGACUCCUCUUGUUGUUGUGGCAGAAGACCACCAGCUUUCUUCUACUGUUUGGUGAC